CUCCCCGGAGGGAGAGGGGAGGGUUAUAAUUAUAGGAUUAUGGAAUGUCCUGAGUUGGAAGGGACCCACGAGAUCAUCAAAGUCCUACUCUUGGCUUUGAGGACACCCCACGAGUCACACCAUGUGCCUGAGAGUGUUGUCCAAACUCUUCUUGAACUCAGUCAGGCUUAGUGCUGUGACCACUUCCCUGGGGAGCCUGUUCCACUGCCCGACCACCCUCUGGGUGAAGAACCUCUUUCUAAUACCCAGCCUAAACCUCCCCUGAGCCGGCUUCAUGCCGUUCCCUCAGGUCACUAGAGAGAUCAGUGCCUGUCCCCACGCUUCCCCUUGUGAGGAGGUUGUAGGCUGCUAUGAGGUCUCCUCUCAGUCUCCUCUCCUCCAGGCUGACUUGAGCUUGAUGGCUUGGCUGUGGGAGCACCAGCCCCUGGGGGCCUGUGGGCACACUGGCCAGUGACUCUCGUUUCUGACCGCCGGGUCCCAUGACAGCUGUGGUCAGUCUCUGGCACAAGGGCCAUGUGAAGCCCCUGCCUGGUGCCACCAUCUCACUGGGAACCAAUGUAGCUGUGCCCGCAGGCUGAGCGGUGUCAGGAGCUACUGUCUUUUUAUUAAUACUGCUUUGACAAUUGGCUUUAAUUUUGUUUUUUGUGAAAUGUGAUAUAGCUGUUGUAAGGUAAGUGCAGCAUGAGCUGGGCAAACAGUAGGUAGCUCUUUGCUUUGCUAUUGUAUAGAGAAAUCUCACUGCUGCUGUGCAGUGAUGGCAUUUACACUGCUCAAACCCCAGAGAUAUGACAGAAUUCAAGAGGGGAGAACACCCAUAGAUCAUUUCUUUUUUUAUAAAUUACUUUAUUUGAGGUAAAAAAAAGCAUUGGUAUAAAAUAGCCUUUCAAAUAUGGCAAUUGUUUACUUGCUGUGUCAGCAGUAUGUAUGAAAGAAAAGACAUGCUCCGUAACCUACAUUGCAAAGGUCACAGCGCUACUGCUCCAGGCUUCUGAAAACCACAGUUAGAGCCAGCAUCAUGGCUGGUCUGAAGAUUUGGUCUGUUUUCCUGAUUAUACUGUACCAUUUCUGUCAAAGAUGUAUCCCAUGUGGAAUUUCAACACAUAUUGAAAUAGCACAUAGAGCUCUGGAAUUUUUCAUUAAGAAUGAAGGGAGUGUUAAUUAUAGACAGUUAUUACUAAACCACCAAGAUGCAUUUCAAGCUGGGAGCAUUUAUCCUGAUGCCUUUUAUUCACCAGUCUGCAAAGCGGGAAUAUUCCAUGAUGUGUCUGAAGACACUCACUGGUCACCAUUUCUUAAAGCAAGUAUUCAGUACAUCAGAAGGAAUUAUCCUCAGCCUUGGGAAGAGGCUACAGAGAAACUGGUGGCUUUCCUGUUUGGAAUUGCCUCACAUAUGGUGGCAGAUGUUAGCUGGCAUAGCCUGGGCAUCGACCAAGGAUUUCUAAAGGCCAUGGGAGAAAUUGAUUUUCAUGGUUCAUACUCAGAAGCUCACAGUGCUGGCGAUUUUGGAGGAGAUGUAGUGAGUCAUUUUGAGCUGGACUUCAGUUAUCUGGCAUCAAAUUGGUAUGUGCCUGUCAAAGACCUAGCAGCUAUCUAUAAGGAAUUUUAUGGAAAGGAGAUCAUAACUGAAAGCACAAUUACUGACUGUGCUUUCCUGCUGUAUCUUGAACUGCAUGGAGAAAGGCUUGCUGUUGCCAAGCUUUUUCCAAGAUAUGCUAGUAAAUCUCCAUUUCUGGUGGAGAAGUUCCAUGAAUAUUUCCUUGGAGGAGUGGAUGACAUGGCGUUCUGGACAAACAAUAUUUUUGAGAUGACCAGCCACAUGCUAGAGAAUGGAACCAGUGGCUGUUACCUGCCUGAGAACCCUCUGUUUAUAAAUUGCACAAAGGAGCACAGGGACAACCACAUAAACAAACAAUCAAAACAUGAACGUCACAAGAAUACAACUUCUUUGCUUACAGAAUCACUUGAGAAGAAUAUAAACUAUACAGAAAGAGGAGUUCACUUCAACAUGCAGUCUUGGGCAACAAAUUCCCUCCGCUUGAUGAACCGUGCUUUUACAACCAAUAUCUGGAGAGCAUUAGCAGCUACACAUCAGAAAUCUUCUAAGCACAUCUCCAAGCCAGUAGCUUCAUAUUUUCUGACCUCACCCUAUGCUAGACUUGGAUGGGCAAUGAUCUCAGCUGACCUAAACCAGGAUGGAUAUGAAGAUUUGGUGGUUGGAGCACCAGGGUACAGCACCAUGGGCCAUGUUCAGAUAGGACGGGUGUAUGUAGUCUACUGUAACCAGUCAGGUUUGCCACGAGAGGACAUGGAUUUGGAUGGGAAAGCUGACCAAGUACUACAAGGUCAUCAGCCUUCAGGAAGAUUUGGUUCUGCCUUGGCAGUCCUGGACUUUAAUGAGGAUGGAGUGCCAGAUCUGGCAAUUGGAGCACCUUCUGUGGGAUCCCAGUUUCUUACUUACAAAGGUGCUGUGUAUGUCUACUUCGGCUCUGAGGGAAGAGGCUUGGCAUCUCAGCCAAAUGUUACCAUAACUUGUCAGGAUUCCUACUGUAAUCUUGGUUGGUCCCUCCUGGCAGCUGAUGUUGAUGGGGAUGGAAAUGCUGAUCUGGUUGUGGGCUCUCCAUAUGCACCUGGUGGUGGGCAGCAGAGAGGAUUUGUGGUUGCAUUUUACUCUUAUUUCAACAGGAGUGACCAAGAAUUUCUGUCAGUACAGGAUGCCAACUGGAUGGUGCAGGGGGAAGAAAAUUAUGCUUGGUUUGGAUUUUCACUUGACAGAUGCCAGCUGGAGAAUACAACAUUACUACUGAUUGGUAGCCCUACAUGGAAGAGUUGUGCUAGAUGCAAUCCCUUCUCAUCGGAUGCCAGACAGAGUGUUGGGAAGGUGUACGGGUACAACCCACCGAGCACAGAGCGCUGGUUUGCGGUAACUGGAGACAAGGAGAUGAGCCGAAUGGGUUUGUCUCUGGCCAGUGGUGUGAUGUCUGUGGCUGGGAACACAAGGAGAGUUUUGGUGGUGGGUGCACCUACUGCAGAUAGCCUGUAUAGGAUUUCAUUUAUGUCCUCAGUGCUGCAUCAAGCUGGAGUGGCUCUGGUAUAUGACCUGACAGACAGCACCAAGCCUUCUUUGCUUAGCACAUUGAGUGGGGACAGGAGGUUUUCUCGUUUCGGAGGAGACAUAUACUUAAGUGAUCUGGAUAACGAUGGACUAGAUGAAAUGAUUGUGACAUCUCCACUGAGAACUAAUAGCAUCUCCUCAAUACUGUUUGGUGGGGCAGCUGGCCGUGUUUAUAUUUACAAUGGAAAGCAGGCAUCCUCAGGGAAUGUGACAGGUCACUGCAGAUCAUGGAUAUCUCCCUGUCCUGAGGAUUGGGCACAGUAUGUCCUUAUUUCUCCUGAGGAACUAUCAAGAUUUGGGAGUUCUGUUAUUUCUGUGAAAUCUGAAAGCAAGAAAGAAGUUGUAGUGGCAGCAGAGAGAAGUUCUGCGAAAGCUCGACUUGGUGGAAGGCUUUUUGUCUACUCGCUCUGAAAGUCCAUGGUAGCCUUUAAGACCAGGGCAUAGCUGGUCUUUUAGUGAAGAAUCUCUGUAGUAUCUAUGACACUUUCCUGAACCCACACAAACCAACAGACCCCAUGUCAGCAAGCUUUUCAACAUCACUUAACCUAGAACAAGCCAGCUGGUCUGAAAACCUUUUAGAGGCUGAAAUGAGCAGGCAGCUAGAUUUUUUGGUAGUAGUAUUUGGUUGUAUAAGGAAUGUUCAGUGGUCACCUUCUUUCCUGGUCAGAUAUGAGUAUUUUCUUGGCAAAACCAGGAAAUAGCAGCAUAAUUUACAACUCCUUGUAUACUGUGAUAAAGACAGGUGUUCUAAGUUAUGGAAAGUUACCGUCAAAAUAACAAGCAUGGAGGAGGGGCAGCUUUAAUCCUGACAGAAAAGUGUGUGCCAAUGAACAGGACUGUCUCUGUCUCUAGCAAGUCUUGAUUGAGGGUGUAGAGCAGCUGGGAUCUCAUAGGAAGAAAAGAACAAGCAAGUUUUAGGAAAUACUUUCUCUUUUGCAAUUGUGGCUGACUACUCUGAUACGCUUUGUGUUUUCAUGUAAAAUUCCAUGACCAUGGUAACUCAGAAUUGUUAACUGCUUUUAUUGUUAACAGUAUUGUCUUCAACUAUUAACACUAGUUUUGUAUGUUGCAGGUUUAACAAGAGCAUGCAUUAUCUAUUAAACAACUUGAACAGCAAAAUGUGAUGAUACUAUUAUUACCAACCCUAGUCCAUAGUCACAUGUACUUUCUCUCUCUUGCCUCCUUCACAAAUGCAAAGCAUUAUUUUUAUUAUAAAUAACACAAGUUGGUGGAAUAGCACAGAAUUCUAAAGGUCGUACUCCAAAAUGAAACAACCUACCUUUCUUAGGAAUUCUUUCUCAGAGAUGUUGCUUUAAGCAAAUCAAAAAAAGGCAAGGUGAACAUCAGCUUGAUGUAUAAUGCAUUCUGACAUCUAUUUUGUGGAUUUGCCCAAACAGCAAAACACUUUAAAAAAAUUAAACUUUGAACUUCAUGAAAGAAGUUAAUGGAUAGGACUGGGAGCACAGUACUUACCUUAUAAAUCUGUGAAAUGUGGUGUGAGGCAAAACAAGCAGUGCACUUGUAAGGGUGGCAGAAUAGAGUUUUCCUUUUUAAAUGAAAACUGAUGAAACCAGUAUGUUCUGUAGCAAUUCCAUUCUGAACAUACACCUUCCACUGGCUUUUGUUUUUCCUAUGUAUGAUCUGAAAGUAAUUUUACUGCAUCUGACUGCAUUUUGAUUACUUGAAUUAUAAGAAAAACAUUAAACAUUUGCAUAUGUCUGUAGAGAGAAAAGGCAGUCUUGUAAAAGACCUGUCUUUCUCUCUGUGCUUUUAUUGUGCUUUAAGUCAGUUAUGUACCGGAAAAGGAGUCAAAAGGAGUUCACAGAAACCUCUCUGCACAAAAGCUUAUGUGAAAGCUUCUCAAACAGCUGCACCCACAUAUUUCAGUUCUGGCCUCAUGCAACUACAACUCGGUUGAAAACAUCAGCAUCCAUGCCUUUUCACACACUGAGCUGUCAGCCAAGGUAUAUGAGCCCUUGGUUCUUCUACUGGAUUGUUCAGUUUAGAGCGUUUUUACAGCUUCACCCGCUAAGCCAAAAGACUGCAAAAAAAUUCAGCUAAAAAACUCAAAAACAUUACAAACCCCAUUAACUUUCUCACCUUCUUGUGCCUUUUGUAUCUGUCGUUGAAAGUCACAUACAGAGAAAGAACUGUUUGAAAAUAAUUACAUACAACUGAUUUUAAUCAAACUAGCAUCACAGGCUUGCACAACUUUAUGUACCUUUUUAUUUUCAUCUUUGACUCAAUAGUCCCAAGUAAAAAUGUUCACAGCUACAGUUAUUGUUUUUCCAACUCCUGCCAGUACAGUGACUUAUCUGGUGGCACCUAAGGAGCUGCUCACUGUUACAGCAAGGUUAAAAAGACCUAAACAAGAAAUGGGCAGUUUAUUACUUCCUUUAAAAGGAUUUCAUGCUCCCUCUAUGGACUGAGAGAAACCAGUGGAGAAAUAUGCCCUCAGAGAGAAGUGCUAAGAAAAAACACAAACAGUGGGCAUAAGGCUUCUAUUCCUUCCUUCAGUCCAUCACAGGAUACCAGGCUUCCACACCCUUUACUAACCUGCCUACUUACUGUGGUGCAGGCUAGUCCAUCAUUUGUCUUGGAGAGAAGAGAGAGAGCAUAGCCCAGUUAGCAGAAACUAACAACCCAGCUGAUGAUUUUUAGCAGAAUUUGAAUCAGUCCUUGUGACAACAGGAGGAGUUGUUAAACUGCAGCUGUAUCAAUGCAUGGUUGAAAUAUUAUCAGAUGGCAAACACAAGUGGGCAUUAUCCAUAAGUCUGCUUUCCCUGUUCCUAAAACUGCAUGUUUUGGGCCUAAAUUAAUUGUUAGGGAAUAACCAAGAUAUGUAGCUACAUUUCAAAGCCUGUUAUUGCUCAUGUAAAAUAAGGGAAACUGUUAUUUCUGGUUGCUGCCAAUUCAGUAGUCAUGCUUCACAAAAGAUGCAGGUAUGCUUUUUGCUUUGGAAAAUCUGUUCUCUGCAAUUAAAUAGGGCCUUAAAAAUCCAUUUAAAAAUCCACUCUUGGGGUGGAUUUUUCUUUGACAUUUGAAGUCUGAUUCCUUAAUCUGCAGCUCAGAACCCAGAAUACUUGAUGAAUGCUGACUGCUGUCAUCCUUUAAGGAAAAAAAUUCUGUUCUCUGUAAGAAGGGCCAUUAAGCAAAGAAGUAUUUGACAGAAACACAUAAAAUGAGAAUGCCCAAAAAAUAUGUAUGUGAUACAGAAAACUAGUGGCACACACAUGGAGUGGAGAUUAGACUACUGUGUAAAGCAUGUUGCUGUUUUCCCUGGUGUUCCUCUCCUUUCGCGUGUAAGAAUUAAAAAUCUCACUGUACUUUUUUUGGCACAAAAUAUAUUUUAAAUUAGUAAGUUUAGAAAUUCUUGUAGUUUUCAGUAAGGAAGAACGAGUGCAAGGAAAGUGUCCAAAGUCCACCCUGUAACAACAGAAGUCUCUUAAUUCCUUAUGUUCCUAUUGGUUUGGUAAUGUUCUGCUCAGCCCAAAUGUUUCUGCUUUAAGGCUGUUCUUUAUCUCCACUCUUCCAGCUGAUGGUUGGGAUUUUUUCAAAACUGCAGAAACCUAAACAAGAACAAAACAGCCUGUGACUACAUGAGAAGCUGCUCUAUAUGCAGCAAAGGAAAUAAAGCUUCACAGAGGCCCAAACUCUGAUUUUUUCCCCCCCUUAUUUUCGGAACAGUGUCUCUGGCUUCUCCCUUCCUAACCCCUUCCAGCACAUUUCUCCAACCCAAAGUCAGAAUGUGCUGGACUUGGUUUUGAACAACACAUAUGGAUAAUUCAGUUAAUUGCAGCCAUAGUCAACAAUCCACAACAAACUAUUUCCAUUUGCGUCUUAGUGGCAAAGGAGGGGGGGUAAGAAGGGAAGUUUAUCCAAGUCUUCCUUCUUUUGUCAGUUUUAGCAACUUAACUUCUGAAUCCAUUAAUACUUCCACUAUAAAUAUUAGAGUGCACUCCAGAGGCAGACAAUACAAUUCCAGGAGUCCAUGAAAGGACUGUCAACAGGGAAAUCGACUCAUACAUGCUAAUCUAAAGACAGAUCUCCUUGGAAGUCUUCGUACAGCUUGCUACCAUCAGCAUCAAUGACAAAGACAGCUGGCAUGCAUGUGAGAGCUAUUACAAACCUCAGACUGAGUCUGGCGUUGCUCUUGAGAGAGAUGUUACAGCUAGCACUUGUCCUCAUCCUCCUUUAGUUUUUUUCAUGGCAGGGACUAUAGAUCCAUAAUUAGCAUGUGGGUGGGAGGACAAGGGCAGCAUUUGUUAUGUGCCUUCCUGUGAACAGACAGACUGGUGUGGCAGCUGAGAAGGCAAAUGAGGGCUGCUUCUACCAUAAGCCUCAGCUUUCCUUGGGCUGCCAGGUGAAAGUAAAUAUAGCAUGUCUCAAGGAACAGCCUGCAGCUUCACUUCUGGCCACUGCUGGGGCUUCCCACCUCAUUCAAUCCAGCUAGGAGCACUUUCUCUGUCAAAGACCAAGCCCUGAGUUGAAUUCCUCCAUGCUUUGUGGCCUACUCCUCUAGAACAGCUUAUUUCCUCCUUUAGAAAGGGACUGUACAUGCAGAGUGUGAGACAGAAACCCUGGCCAGCCAUACAUACGUGAGGAGGUAGUGGAGGUUCUAGGUGCCGCCCAAGGAAGGAAAGUAAGCGUCGCCAUAUCAGACCACUUCCCAGAAACAUAAUCCCCGUCACCAGCCAAAAUAUCCUGGGGUCCUACUGACAGAAUGGUCCCAUUAGUCAUGCAACCAUCUCUUCACAAAAGGGAUGACCCAAUGAUAAUCUCUACUCCCCACCAGUGUUCUCCUCCUUUAUAGGAGGAAGCGGUAAACUCCCUACCACCAACAGCCAAGCCCCACCUUGGGAAAAAAGCUGUUUAGGAAUCACUGUACUGUAUUCUGUUGCUGUCCCAUGCAGUUUUCCUUCCUUCAUCAGAAAGUUUGAAAAUUCAACUCUUAUAUUUAAUUGAUUUGAAAAGGAAGAAGUCUUUGCUUCAUUUGUUUUGUUUUAAAGCUGGCACAUGCAGUUUUGGAAUUGUACCCCGCAGUUUGUACCCCCUCCUCCCUAGUUUAGGUAUAAACAUGUAUUGAGAGUAGAGUAUUUCCUCUGGUCUGCUGAAAAUGCCCUGGCUGCUUGCCAGAUACCCUCGGAUCUGGAAGACAAAGCCGGUCUUUUCAGAAUAGCUGAUCAUUAAAGAAACCUUAAUACUACUUUAUAGUCAAUCCUCAUACAAUCAAAAAUUUACCUUCCCAUUACUUUUCCAUGGAUGUGGAAAAAAGGCUACAAUACUGUGCAGUUAGCCAUGCAGUCAUUUGCUUACAAAAAAAAGUGACUUCAUGAACACAUGAAUCACUGGAGCUUUGUCUGUGGAAAGAACGAAGGUGUACCAAAUUUAAAAUGCACUAUAAGAGCAGGGCCCACAUUUCAUGCUCAAAACAGCACUCGUUCCUUACCUCUUCAAGAGACGACUCCAGGUUCAUACCAAAUGCAACUCCUAUGAGGCCAAAGAGAGAGACGGAGAAAGUUCCCAUAGUCAGCUGCAAGUUCAGCCUCAUCAUCACAUUACGGUGGCUAAAGAAGGGAGAAACAUCUGUAAGGGGAACCCAUAAAUUGAUCUGCUGCCUAAAUUCUCAAAUUCCAUACAGCAUGCACUAAAAUAAAAUAGUGAAAGAGAAGUCACGCUGGAAUUAGGCAACCCAAUGACAAAGACCAUGAAACAACAGUACAAAGAGGCUACUGUUUUGACAUUGCUACAUCAGGAUACCUCUAAGGCAGCAGGUUCUACCUAAUCAUCAUUAGACUUGCCAGCAUCUCUCACUUCUCAGAGGUGUAUAUACACAGAGCAACAGUAAAUUUCUGCUGAAGUUUGUGUCCUCUCACCACUAAAUUUAUAUGCCCAUAUUCACAAGAAACAAAAAUUUAUUGUUAACUUGCAAAUUAAUACACUUUACAAAAAAGUAGUUGGUAAAUGCUGCAGGCUAUAAACCUGAGCCUCUUCGGGAGAAUUCCAUAUUCAAAUCUCCACAAAAAAGAUUUUUGUUGUUUCCUGAUACAGCAUCCACUAAUUGCUUCUACAGAUAACUGCUCAGUAAAGAGGAGAAAGAAUAUUAAACACCAACCUCAAAGACAGAGUCCUCGCAAAUGCAAGCUACAAUUAUUUUUCAAUAAGAAAUCUGACUAGUAGUGAAAAAUGUAGCAUAGAGAAAGAAAAUACUUGCUCACAAGUUAUUAAUUCUUGUAUCACUCCACAGAGUAAUAAUGCAGCUUUCAAUGAACACCUGAGUGGCCUAGCCAGACUCUAGCUAGUAAUCUUUUCUGAACAGAAUUUUAAUAUGCCUCUAAAUCUGCAGACAUUUCCAGUAUUGAACAGCUCCCCAGAAGGAUCUAAGAGAAGCUGAGUUUCUACUGCUAGGGAAAACUGAUGCUUAGUUUGCUUUAUCCAGUUUGUUGGUAAGAGACAUGCAGCACAGCUGUGACUGCAAGUCCAUUCAAAUCCUCAUGAAGGCAAAUUUCUCCAAGUUCCCUUGUAAGCAGAUUUGAGAAAGUCUAGGUAGCAUUAAAUUCUGCUCAGCUUUUGGCAAUCCAACAGGUCAGGCACCUAACCUGUCCAGGUUGAUAAAGAUGAUGCUUUCUGAGUCAUCAAUCAGUACUCUGAGUUCACGAGCUUCAUUUGCAAGAUCUUCUGCUUGUCUGUAGUAAUUCUCCAACAGUAGCUCCAUCUCCUCUGCAUGGUCAAUCCCAGAUAUACUCUCCUCACUGUGAGGAACAAUUUAUAUUUUUCCGGUUAGUUACAUAUUGUAUACAAGUGUGUUACGGAUGCGUUAAGGCACAUAAGACCCAUGGGGAACAAGAGUGCUUUUAGACACUAGACCUCAAAAUCCAAUCUUUUUGUGAGAAAAUUCCAUCAAUUCCAACAGCAUAAAAUAAAAGGGAUAUUUUUUUAUUUAUCAGCAGCUCAGCAUAGGCAGUCAACUAUUCUGAGUAGAGCAGUUAGCAUCUGAUAUCCAUCAAGGCAUGCACACCGCCACAAAUCUUAGUUUUUCAGAUAUUACAAAGUUAGAAAGUUAUGUAAAUUUUAUAUUAUUUAUAAAGUUUAUACUACUAUAAAUGUUUAUGUUAUUAAGUUACAAAGUUACAACAAUUUUGACAGGAGAUGCUUAAAUUCUUGGUGCCCUCAAGUGGUGGGAGCUUGUAACAGUGCAGUCAAAAACUCCAAGAAUAGAACAUAACCAAGAGUCAAUACACAAACAAUUACACAGUGAUGGAGAUGGUUUAGGUGUGUAUUAAAAUAGUUUAGUUGUAAGGCAUUUGAGCUAUACACAGCAAUUACUGCAAAGCAUUUUGGGAGCAUGAAGCAGCCAAAGAGUGACCAUCAAAUGAAAGAUCCUCCUCUCCUGAGAGAAAUCUGUCCAAGGGACUUUCAUCUUACUUCAUAGUGCUACUGCUGCUGCAGUGGCCUUCCUCUGAAACAAGAAUGUAUGUUUCUGGCAUUGUGUAGAUGAAACCUGAGGCACCUGAGAUCCACAGGAGCUUGGAAAUCAGCAGCAAAGCCAGGAAGAUUCUUCAUAAUUUUCUCUUCUGUGGUAUGAUCUAAUUUCUCUAGAGACUGAAGUUUUUUAAGAAUAUCCUCAAGGCAUUACUGACUGUUAAAGGAACCCCUCUGAAAUGGUUUUACAAGAAAAUAAGCAGUAUAGCUUACGAAUCAACCCACCUAAGCUCCCUGAGGACCUUUAGCAGAGCCCAUAGUUUCUCUCUAAUGGGGCUAAGCUGAUUUGAAAGCCCUCCAGAUCUUGAGGUUUUCAUUGCAUGGAAAUGAGAGGAGCUGCAGACUUGAAAGCCUUAGAGCACUAUCUGCUGUAUUACAGAUUCAGCUCAAGGUCUUAUUUGAUGAGUAUCUUUACAUUUAUAUCAGCUCCUCUGAUACACAAAGGGGGCAAAAAGCCAUAAAGAUGCAAAAGUAACUGCCACUGGAUGUGCUUUCAUUAACUAGCCUCCAUCUGCCUCAUGAGUUUUCCACAGUCUGCUGUUCCUUCCCAAAAAGAUAUGAGGUCUGCCUCAUUCUAUCUUUCUGGGCUCAGCUCACCAUUUCUCCUGCAAAAGAUCUCUGAUGACACCUAUAUGGCUAACUGGGCAUAUGUGCCAACUAACUUCUGCUUGGGCUUCCCAAGUCCAUCAAAUACCACAUAUCCUUUGCAUCAAUCCUGGAGCAAAAAGAGCUGUCCACAUACUGCCAGCCUGCCUGCAAACAUGCUGUCAGGGCUGGUGCUUCCUAGUGUGCCUUGUGUACAGACUGCCUCACUGCAUCCUGCAGCACAGGAUGCAACACAUCCUCCUCACACAACCUCACACCACCUCUCCUACCCUUGUGCAACAGCGUCUGAAAGAAGGGAUGACUGCAGGUUUCUCCUGACAUGAGAGUAUAAGGUGACAGUGGGAUCUUUCCUAGAUAUCCCCUAUACACUGUCUAUCAUGAGGCAACAAGAGACUUGCCAGCAGACUGCAUUAAGUCCAAAGAAAGGCUGUGAGCAAAACCAGGACAAAGACCAGCUGCUGGCUCAGGAGCAGCUGGAAUUCAGAACGCCCACAACACUGCUCCAGCAGAUGCACUAGAAAUGCAAACCAUGUCCCACUUCUGGAAUUCUCAGUUUCUGCUGCACAUUUAGACUAAGCUCUGCAGGGCAAGAAACUAUCUCCUGAUUUCAAAGCCAUGGUAAUGUGUGAACAGUAUUAACACCCACAUGCAAUGAAGUUAGGCAAAAAUAUUAUUCAGCAAUUUCACAAAGGACCUGAAAGGUAGUUUGUUACCUGCUUAAACAUAAAACAUGUCUGUAUGCCCCAGAUUUAAAUCCAAUUAAGCCCCAAAUAUAUUUGGAUCUGAUGUAUAUCUUUCUGCUUUUUAGUUUUUAUUAAGUGACUAGUGCUGCUGCUGCUGGUGUAUGCCAUCUUUCACCAAAACCUGAGAGUGUAGGGCCUCUUUCCUUCAGGUUCUGCUGGUGAGCAAAAAGCUACAAGCAAGGUGCUCAGAACACUUUUAGUAAAGGAAGUGUGAUGUCUGAUGCAUUCAAGACAAGCUUUCAGAGCCCCUUUCAUUUUUCUUUUGGUGAAACUGAGGAAAUGCUCCCAGAAAGUGUUGAUUCAUAUUGAAAAAUAACAACAUUUGCUUUUUCUGCCAUCCUGCUCCCAUCCCAGUACAUACCUGAUGAGCUGGCCUGUUAUGCCAAGAACUAUUUGUAACUGCAUAAUACGACAAGUAAUAAUGAAGUUCCUCUCCAAAAUGUCAAAUACAAUGAUUUCUGAAGUAGCGAAUAUUGAGGCUUUAAAAAACUAGAGUGUCUUUUUCUUCUUUUUAGCAGGGAACACGCAGUUUAGUGUUCAAGUUACCCUUAAACAAAAUUCACCAUUAAAAAAGUGGUUUCGAAAUAUACAUACAAUACUUGUGGAUCAGUCCAUUUAGAUAGACAGAGCUCUUCUAUUAAUUCUUCUUCAUCUAAGAUCUCCAGAAUUGUUUCUUUGAAAACUUUAAGAUCUGUUUCCAGUUCUGACAAGCUGAAGAAAGAACAGGCAAAAGGUCAAGUAAUCCCCACCUGCACCAGUGCAUGAAGGUAAUCUCUAAGUGAGUUUGCCAGCCAGCACCCUCACCAGAUGCAGUGGCCAGGGAAGACUUAACUGCAGGGUUCUAAAAGCUCCUUCAAAAGAUUCUCUACAGACCAUACACUUAGCAGUGCAAGUGAUCUGUCUGGGGAUCAGUGAGGUGCAGACAUAUACUAAAAGGGAUCCAGAUGUGUUUUCUGGGUAUAUUUGUAAGUCAGAAAAAACAAGCACUCUGUGAGCAUGUAGCAAGUGCGUAUUUGCACUGUCUUUUUAGAGAGGCUAAUACAUGAAGGACCAGCGUACUAGUAAUCUGAAAGCAUACUAUACAUACAAUAGUUAAAAAGCAUAGUUCCAAAGGUUUACGUUAUGGGGAAUGUUUUCACGUUAUUUUGUUCUCUUAGGUAUUACUUUGUUCUGUCAGAUGCUAUUUGAGAAGCACAGCUGUACUUCUGACAACUCAGAAUAUAUUUCCCGUUUCCCUUAUAUCAAUAGGUAUUUCAUAUACAAAUUCUUACACUUACAAACAAGAUGCACAACCCAGCAUUACAGUAACCUGGGAAAUUAAUAUGAGAUACCAUUUUUCUAACAUUUCAAUGCAUGUCAUUUUCUAUUGUCAUCUUCUAGACUCUUCACAGCUUAAUCUUAUUUACCUCUUGCCAUUCUGCAGGAGAAUGUGUAGUUUACUCCUAUCCACAGAUAAAAGCUUGGGGUCCACUAGAGCUUCCAGUGUCUCAAGGAUCUGAGGCUGCAAAGUGUUAAGUCUCCCCUGCAGUUUGCUGAUCUAGAUAACAACAUGAUCCUUCAUAAGAAUUAAAACAAUUCAUUUAGAAUGACUUGGGCAACUGACUCCUGUCUCUCAACACAGAAUUUACAGUAACAGGUAGUUAAUACAACCUGCUUUCCAAUACCUGGGAAAUACUUGCUAUAUGGAUACCACUUUAUAAGACAAAGCCAGUGUAAAAUACAGUAUUUAAUAAAAAGUGAACUGAAACCCAGUGACAACCACACCAAUAAAGCUGAUAAAGCUAAUACACUAUUGUCUAGAAAUGUCAUAUUAGCAUUAGCAAGCACAGAUUUUUCAUGAUAGCUAGGAAUCAUCAUCUGACUCGUGCUCAAGAGGCCAAAAACCUCAGCACUUUUGUGUGACUUCCAUUUCAGCUACAGCACAUCUCUAGAAUGGAACUCUGACUUGUUUUUUAAUUGUCCAAAUCAUGGUGAAGCCAUCAUAUCCAAUUAGCACUUUAUUGUGAAGGGAAUGAAAACACACAUACACACAAGACCGUAAGAACUAAAGGAACAAAAGUCAAAAUCAAAAAAGAGCUCAUACAGGAAGUGCAGAAUACAUAUACAAAUGUGUAUGUGUAAAUAUUAACACAAGAAUAAAAUCAUACUGUCCCUUCUAUGAAACAAUAACUUCCGAAACAAUUUAAAUAAAAAUGAGAUAGCUCACCCAGUACUGCAGGAUUGCUUCUAUGGCUCGGAAUUCAAAGGGCAGAGAAUAUGUAACUAGUUGACCUUCCCCAGCCAGCUGAGAUGCUAGUUGACUGAGGAGCCAGUGUUCCAGACUCAAAUUACGAUAAUCUAGUAUCAGCAGAAACUCUGGUGUUAUGACAGCCUUCAAGAACUGAAAAAGAAAGUACAUGUAAGGAAUUUGAAAAAAACUCUCUGAAAAUUUCUCAUAACUCUGUAGCACAUUUUAUAUUUGGGCUUUGAUAAAACCAUUCUUCUGAUGUCUUUUCAGGCACAAAAAUAACAGAAUCUCAUGCUAACAGCAAAUGGGCUCAGACAGAGCACUGUGCCAGUGAUUAAGAAGGGCUCCUCAUAAGCCUUUACUUCUGUGACAAUGUUAGUGAUGAUUCUCCUGUGCUCAACCAGGGAAGUGGUCUUUAAUAUGUACUGUGGGUAAACUCGUACUCUUGACCGCAACACAGAGCUCCAAAGACACAUUUACUGCUGGACUGCAUGUCACAGGAAGCUGGUAUUAAAAGAACUGCGCAAGAAAAUAAAAAUGCAAGACAGGGUUUACACUCAGCUAGAGGAAACCAUUACCUCCAUUCUCAUGAUGAUUCUAUUGUUCCUAGUUGCAAUGCUCAUUACGUGCUGAAAUCUUAGAUCUCGUGCUUGAAGACCCAAUUCCUGGUACAACUCUGUCUUCUUCUUUUC